GCGAAUUCUGAGAUCGAUUAAUCAGUUCGUCUCCGAACCUACGAGAGAAACAACAAUGGCGCUGACCGAGAAGUUAAUCAUCCUUGCAGUGAUUUCGGUCGCGAUCGUUAACGGUCUCCCGAAACCAUUCGAAGAUGAUGAUGAUUCCUUAGAGAGAUACGGCGGUGGUGGUGGCCAUGGCGGUGGUGGUGGCCACGGAGGAGGGGCCGGACACGCUCACAGUUUCGCCCAUUUCCAUGGCCCCGUGGAAGGGCCAGGCCAAGAAAUCUCGUUCCACGAUAAACACGGACAUCACCAGGUCGACUAUGUUGCCCAUCCGAAAUACGAGUUCUCGUACGGCGUCGACGACCAUCACACCCACGACCAUCACGGGCAAAAGGAGCACAGGGAUGGCAAGAAGGUGGCAGGUGAAUACACCCUGAAGGAACCAGGCGGCAACGUGAGGGUAGUGAAGUACCACGCCGACCCGCACGGAGGAUUUUUCGCGUACGUUCACAAUUCCAACGGUAACAAUCACGAGGGUGGCACAUAUGGUGGUCACGGCCACGGACAUCAUUAA